AUGGCGCAAACUUGUUCUUCCGGCACAUCAACCACAUUACGAGGCUUGGUAGAUGAUGCCCCAAAGAGGCCCCUGACUCCUCAGGCCAUAGAAAUCGAGGAUGACGCCUCCGACAAAUCAACGGAUGACACCCCCAGCGACGAGCCUCGCAAUCACUCCCCACCGAUCCAAAUCAACUCCAGAACGAUCGAAAUCGUUGAUUUAGUUGAGACCAGUCCGUUCUUGUCGGACAGGAAUCAAAUGGAUUGUCAGGAAACAGACGCCAACACUGACACCGUGCGCUAUGUCCACCAAGAGAUGGAGAUAGACCAGGAGGAACUAUUGGUGGUUGAACAUCAUUCACAUGCACAAGAUCACUCGCGACAAAUAUAUAACGAAGAAACAACCGAAAUCCCAACUCGAGUUCAGGAAAACAAGUCCGCCUCCAGCCGCAAAUCUUCCACCAACCCAGAAACACCGCGCCGGAGCCCGGUGGCCACGAAAAACAGCCCAUCCCCAAUGCUGAACAGCACCUGGGAGACGGUUACUAGCAUGAGCGAACGCAUCAAACGAGGGCUUUCUGCAGACGAAAAGAAAAAUGUCGGACAUGCAUACCUGCUUGAAGAUCACCGUGAGAAAACAGGGCGUUUUAAGAUUGGAAGCUCUCAAACAGCCAGAAUAAGACAACGUGUGGCUAACCAGGUUCGUGACUGCAAUCUUGAGGGUUGGACAGCCAAAUCCUUCCCCCAGUUUCCACUCCGUGAGUACGUACGCCUGGAAAAGAUCGCACAGAAAGAGUUAUACUUCAUGAAUGAGCGGUUUAGGUGUGACUCUUGCAAAACGGACCAUACGGAAUAUUUUCGGGGAGAAAAGGAGAUUGCCCGUGAGACUCUUGAGUUCUGGGCACAGUGGCUCGAGCGCUGCAAACCAUAUGAUAGCGACGGUGAACUUCUACCAUUCUGGGUCAGACGGCUUGACAUGUUGAAGGAUAAGAACUACUACGACAACUACUUUCAAUGCCUGGAUUCGAACUGCGAAAGAGAUCCUGGUCUUGAGGCGUGUCGCGGAUGCCUUCGAGCAGGCUGGAAAGCCUGGACUGAAGCAGAGAUUGAAUCAGAAGACCCAGAGCUAGAAGAUCCAGAAUUGGAAGAAGCAACAAGAAAAGCACCCGAGCAGGCUUUGCCGAUGUCAUUGCCACUCUUCAACUUUAUCUGCAUCCUGGCUGUCAUAUCAUUUAUCAUGGAAUGUAUCCCUGUGAUUGGAAAUAUUGUCCACCCAAAUGGCAUCCGGAAAAUCCAGUCCUUACUGAUUCUCUGUCUUUGGGUCUACAAAGAGAUGACAGGCCCUACACCUGAAGCUUCGGCCGCUAAAUCCAACCAGGAACCCUCAGAAGGACUUGCAAAGACACCAAGGAAGCAGUCAACAGUGACAGUAACUGUAAGAACGGCGCCCGCGAAGCUACUGAAUGCUUCCAGACAUGUCGAGCUACCAGGAAACACACCAGUCCGCAUGUCAGCACGAGGGCAGAUUCCGGACACUGAGCCCAUUAUGAAAACUUAUAAUCGAGGAUCAAGGGAGUCUGCAACAGAUGAGUCACCGUCAAAAGCAGCGCUCGCAAGGAAGCAGAAUAAUCGGCUCGACCGAAGAAGUAUCGAACAGGCUCUCGAAAGGACGUUUACCCUACCCUCUACGCCGGCGUAA